CUCAGGAUCUAUCAAACUCGGAAGCUUUCUUCGCUUUUUUAAAAGUUCCUUAUGUUUCGUUUAUUGCCGAUCGUUUGUGCUUUGUUUAAAUGGAUUUCGGAAGAAUGGCGAUACUUGAUCAUUGUUUUAAGAAAUUACGGGGGAUUUAUAAAAUUUCAUUUUCUGUGUGUCGUUUAAAUUGCUCAUAACUGUGACAAAAUUUAACAUUUCAAGAUGCUUGCGUAUAUGAAAACUUUUAAGUGUCCAAAAUGUCCUGCGAAUUUUAAAUUUCCAGGAAUGGAUAAAACAGAAUCCUCCAUGGAAGAAAACAGCGAUUUUGAAGAUCGGGAUCCAGGUCGCUUGAAUCAGCACAUGCCGGUAAUUUGGGAGCAAGUGAUCGGUGAACCGGACGGUAUCCGAAGUCCGGAGUGCGCAUGGCGAUUGAGCCAUCAUUGUUUUCGCCUGUCCAAGGGUUGCUGCUACGUCCUCCUCUCGAUUUUCGUCGCCCCCAUCGCGGCUCUGAUCCUUGGCUUCACCUUUGCGUGUCUCGCUUUCGAGCAUAUAUGGUGCAUCGUUCCAUGCUUGCGUGCCUGGCGUAUAAGCUGCAUGGCGGUGCGGCACUUCUGCACGGCCGCGACUCAAGCUCUCGUCAGGCCUUGCACCGAGGCGCUCGGAUAUCUUUUUCAUCAAGUUCGAGUCAUGAAUCAGAAGCUGCCGGAUACCUAUGAGAUAAAUAGGGACGACAUUCAUAUUAUUUAA